AUGCAUCUCCUAGCCAACUCCAACAUGGCCAGAUGUGUGCUGACUGCGUCCCAUAUUCCCCCAGUAGCGAGGAUAGCCACGUGGCAGACUACCUGUGCGAGCCCUCGGAGCGGGAUAAUGUCGAGACAAGGCACUAACGCUGGUCUGCAGCAUCUCCAGCUGCUGAUGAUAGAAGGUCUUCCUGCUCAAGUCGGAGUCAUCCUUGAGAGUGGAUCUUCCCUAUGCGACUGCUUCGUCCACAACAUGCUGCCAGCGAUAAUAUCCCACACUCACUCCAGUCUAGCAGAUGUCAGAUUCAGAGCUUUCAAGAGCCUGUCCGAUAUUAUAAUGCAGCUCCUGGGAGAUGACGACACGUAUAAUGCCGAUGGGGCUUUGAGAGCUCGCCUCGCCUCGUUAUUGCGAGAACAGCUCCUGCCGUUGGUCGGAGUGUUACUAGGUGAUGAUGAGCCGACCCCUACUCUACUGCGGAGGCUAUUGGCCUUGGUCAUGCCUGAUGAGGAGAUGACACCAAUGGUGAAGUACAGACGAUGA